AUGUCAAGCUCGUCGAAAUCACGUGUGAUGGGCUCAUCCAUGAUCCUUCAUAUUAUCGUCGACUCAACGCAUGAACAAUCCAAGACGAUUCUGGACGUUCUUUUCGAUUGCAUUGAUGUCGAAGACAACCCCCGAAUCCAAGCACACGUUGUCGGUCUCAUCUGGGAAGCUCUGGAUCUGCGAAGAGAUCUCAUGAACAACAAGACUUGCUACGUUCAUAACAGCCAGUCGUUGAGUCAGCCAGUACUAGAGCUCAUGUUUCAGUUCUUUCAAGACCAUUACGGGUCAACUGAAGCCCAAGCGAGCGUUGUGUCGCUCUGUGUGUUGCGCCGACACCAACUCGCGUAUUCGAAUGGGAUGUCGCUGCCGACAGUCGUGGCUGAGCACCAGUUGGAAGGCUUGCGCUCCGAUCGCCUGGAAAGUACAUUGAAGCGCGAAAGCCAACUCCUCGUGCGGAUGCUAAAACAUCCGUUCAUGCAAAACAGCCUCGUGCGUCGCUAUCAAAAGAUGAUGCAAAGCAUGUUUGCCACGACGUACUCGACGAGCCGCGUGCGAAAUAUUUUAUGUAUGAUCCAUGCGUUUCCCAGCUUCACUCCAGUCGAGAACGAAACGAAAGGAUCGGGCUGA